UGCUGAGGAGCCCGGGGGAGGCGAGGACCGGGGGCUGCACGGGCUCCACACACUAGUGAUCACUACACACGAGCUGGGGUCACAGCUGCAGCCCACCAGGAGCCGGGCAGGAGAGGGUUAAACAUUAACCCUUCAGGGAACUGAUCCUGUGUUUUGCAAGUCUCCUCCGAAGACCCUUCACGUCUGUGGAAAACAAAGACCGAGAGUCUGCACAGCCCGACUACAAGACGGAGCCGGGAAGUUCCCCAAAGUUAUGAAUCAGGUGUGAAUGGGGUCAUCCUGGGGAGGAUAGCCAAUGGCUGGGCACCAGACACAAUGAAGGGCUGAACAUACAGGAUCUCACACAAUGGACCAGACUGGAGCCCCAGAAGAGAAGUACAAGAUGUGCUGUAAAAGUUAACAUGUCCGUCCAUAGCUGGGACCUCAUAGACCAUAGCUGGGACCUCAUAGACCAUAGCUGGGACCUCAUAGACCAUAGCUGGGACCUCAUAGACCAUAGCUGGGACCUCAUAGACCAUAGCUGGGACCUCAUAGACCUGCCAUCAAUUCUGUAAUAGUCACAAUGCACUGGAUGUAACAUCUCCCUGGGAUCUCCUGGACUAUACUGGAUCUACAGUAACAUCUCCCUGGGAUCUCCUGGACUAUACUGGAUCUACAGUAACAUCUCCCUGGGAUCUCCUGGACUAUACUGGAUCUACAGUAACAUCUCCCUGGGAUCUCCUCGACUAUACUGGAUCUACAGCAACAUCUCCCUGGGAUCUCCUGGGCUAUACUGGAUCUACAGUAACAUCUUCCUGGGAUCUCCUGGGCUAUACUGGAUCUACAGUAGCAUCUUCCUGGGAUCUCCUGGACCAUACUGGAUCUACAGUAACAUCUCCCUGGGAUCUCCUGGACUAUACUGGAUCUACAGUAACAUCUGCAUGGGAUCUACUGGACUAUACUGGAUCUACAGUAACAUCUCCCUGGGAUCUCCUGGACUAUACUGGAUCUACAGUAACAUCUCCCUGGGAUCUACUGGACUAUACUGGAUCUACAGUAACUUCUUCCUGGGAUCUCCUGGACUAUACUGGAUCUACAGUAACAUCUGCAUGGGAUCUCCUGGACUAUACUGGAUCUACAGUAACAUCUUCCUGGGAUCUCCUGGACUAUACUGGAUCUACAGUAACAUCUUCCUUGGUUCUCCUGGACUACACUGGAUCUACAACAACUCCACAACAAGGGUUUGCUGAUCUCCUCAAGGCUCAGGGAGAAGGAACUUUUUGGUUCUGUAUCCAAAGUCCUGACAAAAGGCGAUUGUUGACCAUUGAGAAAUGAGGGGGCUAUGUGCCAAAUCAUCCGGUCAUUGGGUGCUGGGUCAGAACCUUCACCGUUGUCCACUGUGGGUCCAAUAUACGUAGGGUGAGGGAUGGUGUCAGACAGGACCAUGGAGCUGGGAUAAUCUUUGCACCAAGUAGAGUCAUGACCACCCAACCCGCCAUUGCCUUUUCUUACCAUCGCUGGGCACAAAGCUCUGCUGACCAAUGGGCUGGGGGUGUAUAAACUUUAUGGAUCAUUGUAGACAACCAAGAAGAUCCAGUGAUGUCUUCAGGUGAGCUGUAAGAUGACUACCAAGUCUAGAACCACAGACUCAACGAGCUGGACCUGUCCUGUAAGUUGAUAUUUGGUCCAUUGGGUUUUCUGUGAACAUCUUCGUAAUGUAAGAAGCUGGUCCUCCGGAGUCCUGGUCACACUGCCCGGGGGCAGAGGAUGGCUUGUCGAGGUGGCUGCUGCUGCUGCUGCUGCGGAUUUGGUCACCUGAAUGAAGACAAUGGUCGCUUCCUGUUGUUGGCCAUCCUGAUCGUCCUCUACAUGUUGUGCGGAGCCGCCGUCUUCUCAGCCAUCGAGCAGCCAAAGGAGAAGGAGGCCAAGGAGAGGUGGCAGCAUAAGUUCGACAACUUCACCCAAAAAUACAACCUCAGCAAAAGUGACCUGCACAACUUCCUGCGUGACUACGAGGAGGCCAAUGUGGCCGGGAUCAGGGUGGACACCAUAAGACCCAGGUGGGAUUUCACCGGAGCGUUCUACUUUGUGGGAACGGUGGUGUCGACUAUCGGGUUCGGUAUGACGACUCCGGCCACAAUCACCGGUAAGAUUUUCCUGAUUUUCUACGGACUCAUCGGAUGCGCUGCCACCAUCUUGUUUUUCAACCUCUUCCUGGAGCGCCUCAUUACGGUCAUCGCUUACGUCAUGAAGUCCUUUUAUGAGAGGCAGCUGAGGAGGAAGGAUGGUAUGCCUCCCGAAACACGUCGGGGAUCCGGUAACUCGGAGGCGGACAGUCUGGCAGGAUGGAAGCCGUCGGUGUAUUACGUGAUGCUGAUCCUCUGCCUGGCGUCCAUUGUUAUUUCCUGCUGCGCCUCCGCCAUGUUCUCUCUCAUCGAGGGAUGGGGAUACUUUGACUCCCUCUACUUUUGCUUUGUUGCCUUUAGCACCAUAGGAUUUGGGGAUAUGGUCAGCAGCCAGAAAGCCAAAUACGAGAACCAAGGACUUUACCGAUGUGGCAACUUUAUCUUCAUCUUCAUGGGGGUUUGUUGUAUUUAUUCUCUAUUCAACGUCAUCUCCAUAGUGAUAAAACAAUGCGUCAACUGGAUAUUAAAAAAAAUGGAAUGUCGCUGCUGCCAAAAAUGCCAAAGAAAAAUAUUUAGGCCCAAGAGAAAUGUGGUGAUGCCGGGAAAUGUACGGACGAGGCGCAACAUAUCCAUAGAAACGGACGGCGUCUACGAGAGCGAGACGGACGGCAGGAGGAUGUCCGGGGAGAUGAUCUCCAUGAAGGACUUCCUGGCCGCUAAUAAGGUCUCCCUGGCCAUCAUGCAGAAACAGCUGUCGGAGACGGCGAACGGCUGCCCGCGGCAAAUCGGCACAAGCUCCAGGCACAAUGGAUUUUCAGGGGGUGUAGGGGCUUUAGCAAUUAUGAAUAACAGACUGGCAGAGACCAGUGUGGACAGGUGAAUGUUCUGGGCGGAAACUAUAGAAUGUUCUGUCAUUUACCAAGUAAGGAGGAGAGAGAAACAACCCUGUACUGAUCCUGAGUUAUAUCCUGUGUAAUACUCCAGAGCUGUACUCACUAUUCUGCUGGUGGGGUCACUGUGUACAUACAUUACAUUACUUAUCCUGUACUGAUCCUGAGUUAUAUCCUGUGUAAUACUCCAGAGCUGUACUCACUAUUCUGCUGGGGAGAUCACUGUGUAUAUACAUUACAUUACUUAUCCUGUACUGAUCCUGAGUUAUAUCCUGUAUUAUACUGCAGUUCUGCACUCACUAUUCUGCUGGUGAGGUCACUGUGUACAUACAUUACAUUACUUAUCCUGUAUUGA